AUGGAGAGACCCGUACGGAUAUAUGAGAAGCAGGAUUGUUUGCGAGAGGAGCCUAUACAUUUUAUACCAGCGUUAAUACCAAGGGAAACAUUGAACCGCACUCUCAUACUUUCACGGCGCGAACCGCAGGAGCUAUUUCUGGUAGGCGAGGAGCCACCUGAUCUUGAGCUGCCAGAAGGCCCAAAGCUUCGAGUGCUCACAGGAAGACAUCGUCUUCUGGCCAGUCAGCAGUUCCUAGGGGUGGUGGAUGGUAGCUGUACAAUGAGGGUAAGUGCGCCAGUCCCACGUCCUCGUCUCGAAGAUUGA